AUAAAAUAAAAACAACUAAACAUGGAACGCUGGCAAAAUAAAGUCGCAGUUGUAACGGGUGCUAGCUCAGGUAUUGGUGCUGCGAUCGUUAAGGAUUUAGUAGAGAAUGGUUUACAAGUGGUUGGCUUGGCUAGAAGAUUGGAACGUGUAGAGGCUCUGCGUAAACAAUUGUCACCAAAGAAACAAGGAAAUUUAACUGCCCUGCCAUGUGAUGUCACCAAUUUGGAGUCAGUUAAUGAGGCAUUCGAUACAAUUAUUACGAAAUUCGGUGGCAUUGAUAUUUUAGUGAACAAUGCCGGUUGUUAUAAACAAGGACAAUUGGUUAACAUGAAUAUCGCUGAAGUGCAACAAGUUCUACAAACAAAUGUUAUGGGAGUUGUUCAUUGUACCCAACGAGCUUUUAAAUCGAUGAAGGAACGUAAUUUUCCUGGUCAUGUAAUAAUCAUUAAUAGUGUUGCUGGUCAUGGUGUGGUUUCGCCGGGUGGUAUUCCUGAUAGUAAUAUCUAUUGUCCAUCGAAAUUCGCCAUUACGGCAAUAACUGAAAUCUAUCGACAGGAAUUCAAAGGCUUGGGUACCAAAAUAAAAGUUACUAGCAUUAGCCCCGGUGCUGUGGAUACGGAAAUUAUUCCCGAUAAUGUAAGACCUAUAAUUGGUGAAAAUAUCCUAAAGGCUGAAGAUAUUUCAUCUGGAGUAGUGUAUGCAAUUUCAACGCCUCCUCAUGUGCAAAUCCAUGAAAUGAUUAUAAAACCUCUUGGAGAAAUAUUUUAA